AUGUAUGAUGAAGUUAAGGAAGCAGAGAGAAUAUGCCACUUGCUCAAAGGUGCUGGGGUUCCCCAGUUCCAGCCAAUUGCCCUGAAUGGCCGAAUCCAGGUUCUCAGCAAUGGGUCGUUGUUGAUCAAGCACGUUGUGGAAGAAGACAGCGGCUACUAUCUCUGCAAGGUCAGCAACGAUGUGGGCGCAGACGUCAGCAAGUCCAUGUACCUCACGGUUAAAAUUCCUGCAAUGAUAACAUCCUACCCAAAUACUACCCUGGCCACGCAGGGUCAAAAGAAGGAGGUGAGCUGCACAGCCCAUGGGGAGAAGCCCAUUAUCGUCCGCUGGGAGAAGGAGGACCGGAUCAUUAACCCCGAAAUGGCUCGAUAUCUUGUGUCUACCAAGGAGGUGGGGGAGGAGGUGAUCUCUACUCUGCAGAUUUUGCCAACUGUGAGAGAAGAUUCUGGCUUCUUCUCCUGCCAUGCAAUCAAUUCUUAUGGGGAGGACCGUGGAAUAAUUCAGCUCACAGUGCAAGAGCCUCCAGACCCUCCCGAAAUUGAGAUCAAAGAUGUCAAAGCACGCACAAUCACGCUCAGGUGGACCAUGGGGUUUGAUGGAAACAGCCCCAUCACGGGCUAUGAUAUUGAAUGCAAAAACAAAUCAGACUCCUGGGAUUCUGCUCAGAGAACCAAAGAUGUUUCCCCUCAGCUGAACUCGGCCACCAUCAUUGAUAUCCACCCUUCCUCCACCUACAGCAUCCGCAUGUACGCCAAGAACCGGAUUGGCAAGAGCGAGCCCAGCAACGAGCUCACCAUCACGGCAGACGAGGCAGCUCCUGAUGGUCCACCUCAGGAAGUCCACCUGGAGCCCAUUUCAUCUCAGAGCAUCAGGGUCACCUGGAAGGCUCCCAAGAAACAUUUGCAAAAUGGGAUUAUCCGUGGCUACCAAAUAGGUUACCGAGAGUACAGCACUGGGGGCAACUUCCAAUUCAACAUUAUCAGCAUCGACACCACCGGGGACAGUGAGGUUUACACCCUGGACAACCUAAAUAAGUUCACCCAGUAUGGCCUGGUGGUGCAGGCCUGCAACCGGGCUGGCACGGGACCUUCUUCUCAGGAAAUUAUCACCACCACCCUCGAGGAUGUGCCCAGUUACCCCCCCGAAAAUGUCCAAGCCAUAGCAACAUCACCAGAAAGCAUAUCAAUAUCCUGGUCCACACUUUCCAAGGAAGCCUUGAAUGGAAUUCUCCAGGGGUUCAGAGUCAUUUACUGGGCCAACCUCAUGGAUGGAGAGCUGGGCGAGAUUAAAAACGUCACCACCACACAGCCUUCCCUGGAGCUGGAUGGGCUGGAAAAAUACACGAACUACAGCAUCCAGGUGUUAGCCUUUACCCGGGCAGGAGACGGCGUCAGAAGUGAGCAGAUCUUCACCCGGACCAAAGAGGAUGUUCCAGGUCCUCCCGCGGGCGUCAAAGCAGCCGCCGCCUCGGCCUCCCUGGUCUUCGUGUCCUGGCUUCCCCCCCUCAAGCUGAACGGCGUCAUCCGAAAGUACACUGUGUUCUGCUCCCACCCCUAUCCCACAGUGAUCAGCGAGUUUGAAGCCUCCCCUGACUCAUUUUCCUACAGAAUUCCUAACCUGAGCCGGAAUCGUCAGUACAGUGUGUGGGUGGUGGCCGUGACUUCCGCUGGAAGAGGCAACAGCAGCGAAAUCAUCACAGUAGAGCCUUUAGCCAAAGCUCCUGCAAGAAUACUAACCUUCAGUGGGACAGUGACUACUCCGUGGAUGAAAGACAUUGUCUUGCCUUGUAAAGCUGUCGGGGACCCUUCUCCUGCAGUAAAAUGGAUGAAAGACAGUAACGGGACACCCAGUCUAGUGACGAUUGAUGGGCGAAGGAGCAUCUUCAGCAAUGGAAGCUUCAUUAUCCGCACAGUGAAAGCAGAAGAUUCCGGCUAUUACAGCUGCAUCGCCAACAACAACUGGGGAUCAGAUGAAAUUAUUUUAAAUUUACAAGUGCAAGUGCCACCUGACCAGCCUCGGCUCACAGUCUCCAAAACCACAUCUUCGUCCAUUACCCUCUCUUGGCUCCCUGGGGACAACGGGGGCAGCUCCAUCAGAGGGUACAUCCUGCAGUAUUCCGAGGACAACAGUGAGCAGUGGGGGAGUUUCCCCAUCAGCCCAAGUGAACGUUCUUACCGCUUGGAAAAUCUGAAAUGUGGGACGUGGUAUAAGUUCACUCUUACUGCCCAAAAUGGAGUGGGACCAGGCCGUAUAAGUGAAAUCAUAGAAGCAAAAACAUUAGGAAAAGAGCCCCAGUUCUCCAAGGAGCAAGAGCUCUUUGCCAGCAUCAACACCACGCGUGUAAGGCUCAACCUCAUCGGUUGGAACGAUGGUGGCUGCCCCAUCACCUCCUUCACGCUGGAGUACAGGCCCUUUGGAACCACAGUGUGGACCACAGCUCAGCGUACCUCUCUCUCCAAGUCCUACAUUCUGUACGACCUGCAGGAAGCCACCUGGUACGAGCUGCAGAUGCGGGCGUGCAACAGCGCCGGCUGUGCAGAGAAGCAGACCACCUUCGCCACGCUCACCUACGAUGGCAGUACAAUUCCUCCACUCAUUAAGUCGGUUGUCCAAAGUGAGGAAGGGCUGACGACCAAUGAAGGGCUCAAGAUGCUGGUGACCAUCUCCUGUAUCCUGGUGGGGGUCUUCCUGCUGUUUGUUCUCCUGCUGGUCGUGCGGAGGAGGCGGCGGGAGCAGAGGCUGAAGAGGCUGAGAGAUGCAAAGAGUUUAGCCGAAAUGCUCAUGAGUAAGAACACCCGGACUUCAGACACCCUGAGCAAGCAGCAGCAGACUCUGAGAAUGCACAUUGACAUACCCAGGGCUCAGCUUUUGAUUGAAGAGAGAGACACGAUGGAGACCAUUGAUGAUCGCUCCACAGUCCUGUUGACAGAUGCUGAUUUUGGAGAGGCAGCUAAACAAAAGUCCCUGACGGUGACUCACACGGUCCAUUACCAAUCGGUGUCUCAGGCCACCGGGCCUUUAGUGGAUGUUUCGGACGCUCGGCCGGGAACGAAGAGCAUUUGCCAAGCACCUGUAUGUAGCACUGAACUGGGAAAUGAAAGGACACAGCUUCCGUCCUUCCUACCUCUACUGUUCAGCUCCUUUCUGCAUCACAAGCCUUCUCCAGCAUCUAGUUUUAUGAUUUCUAAUCCUACCACCAGGAAGAACGCAAAGGCUGGGCCCACCGCAAGAAACCGCUAUGCCAGCCAGUGGACCCUCAACAGACCCCACCCCACCAUUUCAGCACACACCCUCACCACAGACUGGAGGCUGCCAACACCCAGGGCUGCAGGAUCAGUAGACAAGGAGAGUGACAGUUACAGCGUCAGCCCCUCACAAGACACAGAUCGAGCAAGAAGCAGCAUGGUCUCCACAGAAAGUGCCUCCUCCACUUACGAAGAACUGGCCAGGGCCUACGAGCACGCCAAGAUGGAAGAGCAGCUGAGGCACGCUAAGUUCACCAUCACAGAGUGCUUCAUAUCAGACACGUCGUCCGAGCAGCUGACUGCAGGGACCAACGAGUACACGGACAGCCUGACCUCCAGCACCCCUUCAGAAUCGGGGAUCUGCAGAUUCACUGCAUCUCCCCCCAAACCUCAGGAUGGAGGACGAGUGACGAACAUGGCGGUUCCAAAGGCACAUCGGCCAGGUGACCUCAUACAUUUGCCUCCAUACCUUAGAAUGGACUUUUUGUUAAACCGAGGUGGUCCGGGCACCAGCAGGGACCUGAAUUUAGGACAAGCAUGCUUGGAACCUCAGAAAAGUCGGACCCUGAAACGCCCCACGGUCCUCGAACCCAUCCCGAUGGAGGCCUCCUCCUCCACCUCAUCCACGAGGGAAGGACAGUCGUGGCAGCCAGGGGCCGUGGCCACAUUACCUCAACGAGAAGGGGCAGAGCUGGGACAGGCAGCUAAAAUGAGCAGCUCCCAAGAAUCCCUGCUUGACUCUCGGGGCCAUUUGAAAGGAAACAACCCCUAUGCCAAAUCCUACACCCUGGUAUAACAAACAGUGUGACUGGACAGUCGUUGUAAAUACAAUUUAAACAAUUCAAUCAAAGCUACCUUUUUUUUACAGAAUUCCAAUAUUUAUAAUUAAAGAAAAUUGCCAAAAUAUAUUAAAAAAAAAAAAAAAGAAAAGAGAAACUACUGAAACCACAGACAGUGCAAAGACUCUCCUGCUUUUUUUCUGUCUGAGUGUGAGCUCCAUCCGCCUGGGCAUCUGAUUUUUUGGGAAAGAAGUCCAGUUUUAUGAUCUUCACAGGCUAUUGCAUUUUUACUGAUUUUCUACAAAGUGCAUGGGGGACUAAUUAAAUCUUCUGACUAGAAGUUCUAUCACACAAGAGUCAAGAAAGAAAACGGGGAAAAAUUAGCCUAUUUGUGAAUUUAAAAGGAACACUGAAUUGGGGGCAGGGGAAGACUUUAGUCAUGUCUGCACACCUUUCGUUCCCAUUAGAAGUUGGGUCCACAAUUUGAUCUUCUUUUGUUGUUAAUUAGGAUGAGUGCCGUCAGUGAGGGGGUGGGGGGAUCAAUUCGGUUUUCUUUUUUGUUUAUUUUUUAAUUUAAUGAGACACUCUUUGCAUUUUGUCUAAGCGAAAUAAAAAAGAAAAGGUCGUCUGCCUUUAUUUCAA